AUACUUAAUAGCGUUCCCAUUACUGCUAGAAGAAGGAACCCAUGUUCACUUCCUGUACAAACCAUUAACUUCAAGGUCAAUACAGGCGGCUUGUGUUUACAUCAUGAGCUCCUCUCCCAACUUCUUUGUUUUUUUCCUCAUAGAAAAUUCUUAGAUUUAUCAAGAAGUCAGUUUUCUGACCCAUAUCUGAUUCCUGUUGUUUAACCAAUUGAUCAAACCUACAAAAUAUUUGAGUAAAAUUGUAAUUAAGGUUUAGCCCAUGAAGCUCUUUUUUUCCAUUUUCUUCUGCUUCAUUUCUAUCUCGUUUUCCAAAACCUCUCUUGGAUUAGACACCUUAGCUCCAAACCAAUAUCUCACAGACAACCAAACUCUGGUUUCCACAGGCGAAGCAUUCAUAUUAGGCUUCUUUUGUCCCUGGAAUUCCAGCAAUCGUUAUGUGGGAAUAUGGUACAAAAAUAACCAACAAACGGUUGUUUGGGUUGCUAACAAAAAUAGCCCCAUCACAGAUUCAUCUGGUGUUCUAACCCUCACCCCAACCGGAAACAUAGUUAUCGCCAACAAUCAAUCUGAUAUUGCCAUCUGGUCAUCGAAGUCAUCGGCAAAUAAUCCAGUCUUGCAGCUCUUAAACACGGGAAACCUUGUGCUUAAAGAUAGUAAUGAUGAAAGCUAUGCUUAUUCAUGGCAGAGCUUUGAUCAUCCAUGUGAUACAUUGUUACCGGACAUGAAGCUUGGAUGGAACCUAAGGACUAAACAAAACUGGUUCCUGACUUCAUGGAAGAGUCUUCAAGAUCCAUCCACUGGGGAAUUCACGUACAGAGUAGACCCUCGUGGGCUUCCACAGUUGGUUCUUCGCAGGGGUACUGAGAUUGAAUUUCGAAGCGGGCCUUGGGAUGGUAUUCGCUUUGGUGGGGAUCCUCAGCUUGAAGGAACGCCGGUGCUUAAUCCCAUCUUUGUUUACAACACAAGCUAUGUCUACUAUACCUUUGAAAACAGUGAUAGUUCAACAAUCUCAAGGUUUGUGGUGAACCAGUCAGGCUUUAUAGAUAUCCUCAAAUGGAACCUGCAGCGUGGUGAGUGGUCGAAUAUAUAUACCAUGCAGAAAGAUGAAUGUGAUAAGUAUGGACACUGUGGUCCUAAUGGCAUUUGCGACUUGAACAAGUCCCCAGUUUGCCAGUGCCCAACUGGGUUUACUCCAAAAACACAAGAAGAUUGGAACUUGAUGGAAUGGUCUGGUGGGUGCAUAAGAAAAAUGCCUUUGAACUGUAGUGCAAAAGUCGGGUUUAGGAAGUUUUCUGGGUUGAAGUUGCCUGAUACUUCGGAGCUUUUUGUCAAUAGUGCGAUGAUGAGCUUGGAGGAGUGUGAGGCAGCUUGUUUGAGAAACUGUUCGUGUACAGCUUGUGCCAAAACUGAGGCUAGUGGUUGUGUGGCUUGGUUCGGGAACUUGCUUGAUAUUAGAGUGCACAAUGGAGUUGGGGAAGAUUUGUAUAUUCGAAUGGCUGCUUCUGAACUUGAAUCGAAGAACAAGGACCAACGAACCGUGGUGAUCAUGUCAGUAUCAGUAGUUUUUGGGGUUCUUCUGUUGGUAUCAAUCAGCUGGUUGUUGAUUUGGAAAAGGACCUUCCACAGAAGCAAAGCUCAAAGGCAGAGAAUACAUAACCCAAAACAAGAUGACAAGUCUAGCAUAGUAGAGGAAGAGGAAGACCUAGAGCUUCCUCUAUUUGACACUAAUACUAUUGCAACUGCUACCAACAACUUCUCUUUCACAAAUAAAAUUGGUGAAGGUGGUUUUGGUCCUGUUUACAAGGGUGAGCUCCCAAGUGGAGAAAAAAUAGCAGUCAAGAGGCUCUCCAGAUAUUCAGGACAAGGCCUCAAAGAGUUCAAGAAUGAGGUUAUCUUGAUUGCAAAACUUCAGCACCGAAAUCUUGUAAAGCUAUUGGGAUGUUGUAUUCAUGCAGAAGAUAGAAUGUUGAUAUAUGAGUUCAUGUCUAACAGAAGUUUAGAGUUAUAUAUAUUCAAUCAAACAAGAGGUACUGCACUUGAUUGGCAAAAGCGUUUUGACAUCAUAGUAGGGAUCGCUCGAGGACUUCUUUAUCUUCAUCGAGAUUCAAGAUUGAGAAUCAUUCAUAGGGAUCUUAAAGCUAGUAAUAUUCUCUUAGAUAGUGAGAUGAAUCCCAAAAUAUCAGACUUUGGAUUGGCAAGAACAUUUGGAGGUGACCAAACUGAAGCGAAUACGAGUAGGAUCAUUGGAACAUAUGGUUAUAUGUCUCCAGAGUAUGCAAUAGAUGGGCUCUUUUCUGUGAAGUCUGAUGUCUUUAGCUUUGGUGUAUUGGUUUUAGAGAUAGUGAGUGGAAAGAAGAAUAGAGGAUUUUAUCAUCCUGAUCAUGAUUUCAACCUUUUAGGACAUGCGUGGAAAUUAUGGAACGAAAACAGGGCCAUGGAACUGAUGGAUGCUUUGAUGGAAAAGCCGAUACCUGAAUCAGAAGUCUUACGAUGUAUACAAGUCAGUCUAUUGUGUGUGCAACAACACCCUGAAGACAGGCCCCCAAUCGCUUCUGUACUUUUGAUGUUGGAUAGUGAGAAUUCUUCACUAACUCAACCAAAACAGCCUGGAUUUUACACAGAAAGGUCUAUUACAGAGACUGACUCGUCAUUAUCAGGGAAAACUCCAUAUACUGCAACUGAAUUAACCAUUACAAUGUUACAGGUUGACACCAUAACCCCAAAUCAGUCCAUUGUGGAUGGCCAAGAACUUGUUUCCUCUAGAGAAAGCUUUGUGCUUGGAUUCUUCAGUCCAGGCAACUCCAAGAAGCGAUACUUGGGAAUCUGGUUCAAGAAUAUUAAUCCACUAACAAUUGUUUGGGUUGCAAAUAGAGAGAACCCACUGAAUGACUCAUAUGGUCAUCUAAGCAUUGGUGCUGAUGGAAAUAUUGUACUACUUGAUGGAGCAGAAAACACUAUAUGGUCUUCAAAAUCAUCAAGAGAAAUGAAAGUGUCAAUUGCAAAGCUCUUAGAUUCUGGAAACUUAGUUCUGAUGGAUGAAAGUGAUGGUAAUACUGACAGUUAUAUAUGGCAGAGCUUUGAAUAUCCAGCUGAUACAUUGUUACCAGGCAUGAAGCUGGGUUGGGAUGUAAAAACUGGUUUGCAUCUAUUCCUGACUUCUUGGAAGAGUGCUGAUGACCCUUCUCCUGGAAACUUCUCCUACGGCAUUGGCCUUGGUGGAUUACCUCAAAUUGUCAUUCUCGAGGGAUCGCUUAUCAAAUUCAGAAGUGGGAUAUGGAAUGGUGUACAUUUUAAUUCCCAAAAUUGGAAUCCUUCUACAGCCUUCAAAGCAUACUUCAUCGUAAACAUUGAUAGAGUGUCUUAUAUGUAUGAAAAUGGAAAAAACACAACAAUCACUAGACUUCUCUUGGAUCAAAAUGGUUUUGUUCAACGCUAUGUAUGGAAUGAUCAAACUCAUCGGUGGUAUGCCACAUAUGAAGCAAGGAAAGAUCUCUGUGACAAUUAUGGGUUCUGUGGGCCUAACAGUAUUUGUAAAAUUAAUGGCAUGCCUAGUUUAUGUGAGUGUAUAAAAGGCUUCAUUCCUAAGUCACAGCAAGACUGGGAUGCGUUCAAUUGGGCUGAUGGGUGCAUUCGGAAGACACAGCUAAACUGUACUGAAGGAGAUAGGUUUCUGGAACUAAAGGGUGUGAAACUGCCCAACUUGUUGCAGUUUUGGAUUAAUAAGAACAUGAAUCUUAAAGAAUGUGAAGUAGAGUGCUUGAAGAAUUGUUCUUGUGCAGCUUAUGCAAAUUCAAAUGUCAGUGGAGGGGCUCAUGGGUGCCUGCUUUGGUUUGGGGACUUGGUUGAUAUCAGGAUUCCUAUUAAUGAAGUUGGUGGUAAUGAAGUCCAAAAUCUCUUUGUCAUGUUAGCAGCUUCAGAAAUAGAGUCAAUUGCUGGGCGCCGUAGUAAAAAGAGAAAGCUAUUCAUAAUGGUACUGAUGAUAUCAGUAGGUUCGGGGGUACUUCUCUUGGGUUCCAUUAUCUGUUUUGUCAUAAAAAAAGAGAAAAAUCAGAAGACUCCACUGGCAGCAGGUAGUUGUAUCCAGAAUGUAGACCCAGAGUUGCCUUUGUUUGAUUUAGGUACUGUCGUAGCUGCAACAGACAACUUCUCUAGUGAAAAUAAAAUUGGGGAAGGGGGAUUUGGCCCUGUCUACAAGGGCAAGUUAGCAGAGGGACAAGAAAUAGCUGUGAAAAGGCUAUCAAAAACUUCUAAACAAGGCACUUUUGAGUUUAAGAAUGAAGUCAUACUGGUUGCAAAACUUCAACAUCGUAACCUUGUUAGAGUCUUCGGUGGUUGCAUUCAAGGAGAAGAAAGGAUGUUGAUUUAUGAAUACAUGUCUAACAAAAGCUUGGAUCAAUUCAUCUUUGAUCCAAGACAAAGCAAAUUUCUUAAUUGGAGGAAACGUCUUAAAAUUAUUAUGGGGAUCGCUCGAGGAUUACUUUAUCUUCAUCAAGAUUCUAGAGUGACUAUUAUUCAUAGAGAUCUGAAAAGCAGCAAUAUUCUGCUAGAUAGUGAAAUGAACCCUAAAAUUGCAGACUUUGGCAUGGCCCAUAUUUUUGAAGGAGAUCAGUCUGAAGCAAAAACAAAACAAAUUGCCGGGACAUACGGUUAUAUGUCUCCUGAGUAUGCAAUCAAUGGAUGCUUUUCUGUUAAAUCAGAUGUUUUUAGCUUUGGAGUAAUUGUGAUAGAGAUAUUGAGUGGCUUGAAAAUCAGAAAAUUUUGCCAUCCAGACUGCCACCAUAACCUGUUAGGGCACGCAUGGAUACUAUGGAAAGAUGGCAGGCCCCUGGAACUUAUGGAUGUUAAUUUGGACACUUCAUAUGUUUCAUCAGAACUACUGAGGUGCAUGCAAGUUGGUCUCUUGUGUGUGCAAAAAGCCCCUGUAGAUAGACCAACAAUGUCAUCUGUUAUUUUCAUGUUGGGUAAUGAAGGUGUGACACUGCCCCAGCCAAAGGAGCCUGGGUUCUUCACAGAAGAAUCUUCUAAUCAUUGUACUGUGGAAGCGCAUUGUUGUAGUAAUGCUGUGACUUUUACAUCAAUGGAAGCUAGAUAAUAACCCUCUUAGAAUUAAUUUUUUGCCGAACUGUUAAUAAGAUAGAUAAAUAACGUGUAUAAUGCUUAUGCUCAUGUCAUGACAGAGCAGCCUUUUAUGUUUUCUUCUGGAUUUUGUUUGUACUCAUUUGGGAUGUUGCUGCACACCAGUAACUCAAAAUACCAACAAAUUUUCAAAACUACUGAGA